AUGUCCACCGCCGCCCGUCCACGUCGCCUGGCCAAUCGCGCGCCGACACCUCAGCAACCGCCGCCCCGCGCCCAAUCCGCCGUCCCCAUGUGUCCUUCGCCGUCCUCACCGCGCCCUCCACUGCCACCGGCCCGCGCGGCCCGCAGCAGGCCCGCGGGGCCCGGUCGCCGCCGCCGCGCGCCCGUCCGCCGCCCGCAGCCCGCUCCCCGCUCUCCGCACUCCACCGCCAGGCUCGCCGCGCGUCCCCGCCGGUGCGCCUCCGCGUCCCUCUGCCGCCAGCGCCUCCUGCACGCGCCACGCCGCCCGAGCGCUGCUGCCUGCGUGCUCCACCGCCCCGCCACCUUGCACCGCCCGCCCGGCCACCGCAAGUCGCGCCCAUCCUGGCCGGCGCCCGGAGCUCCCCGCCGCCUCGUCGCCAUCCUCCGCCGGUAUGAAUAA